AAUCAUAGGGUUAUGUGUUCAGCCAAUAACAGACAGGGGGCGGGGCGUGUAUGUUAACGAGCGGUGUCAGCUGUGAGAGUCUCCAGCAGAUGUGCAGAACUCUUCAGACUGUCUGUCAGCUCCUCUCCAGCAUGGACCCAUCCUCGGACGCUGCUGCGGCCAGCUUCUGAGCUCCUCCGUCGGGCAGAGCUCCGGGAUGUUCCGCGUGUUCUCCUCGGAGCGCGGGCGGCAGAAGCAGCGGCUGGAGCUCAGUCUGGCCGGAAUCUGCGAGCUGGAGCUGCUCAAGCGGCGGCAUCAGGCGCUUAUCAUCUCCGCGCUGGGACUCCACAGUCCAGACCCGCCGCCGGAGCACCAGUGGCGGCCCGCGGAGCAGCAGAGCCCGCGCGGGACACCGGAGAGCUGCUGGAGUCUGAUGAAGCUGCUGCAGCAUCAGGUUGGAGAGCUGAAGGUGGACACAGAGAACAGCAGCGCGGCAGCAGUGGAGAACUGCACUGAAGAUGGAGAGAGAGCCGGCGCAGGUUUCUCUGAGGGCCCGUUGGACUCCUCUAGUCACGGUGAAAUCUCCUCAAGGGCUGUUUGCCCCGUCCGGCUCACUGAGAGACCCAAAUCUGCUGGGGAUGUGUGCAUCGGGGGGAUUCGCGCCGCAGUUCCCCGCUCUCUCUCUGCACCAUAUCCACCACUAGAGGGCAUCGCAGAGGGCAUCUCUGAGGAUGAGCCGUGGAUCUGGCAACCCAUCGAGGACAUCGAUGAAAAACCCACGGUGGAUGACUACAGACAGGCACAGCACGUGGAGACCUACAUCCUCGGACUGAUCCAGCGGCGCUCGCCUCCUGCCAGACCCAAUAAACCUCGCACCAGCCUCAGUCCAGAACCCAGAGCAGUGAUCCGACAGAGCAGCUUAAGCCGAAAAGAGCCACCGUUUGUCCAGGAGAGACUUGCGUGGGCUGAAGACGAGUGCACAGGAGUCCGCUAUCCCAGAAUGCACACAUCCACAUCUCUGGAUUUCCCCUGCGGAGCUUUGGAUCCCAGUAGCAGUGAAGCCGAGUCUCCGCAACACUUCUACCAACACACACACUCUCCUUCCUCUGAUGAGCUGGUGAACGCACAGUACAUCCCCGCGCAGCCCUGUCGAGCCCAAGCAAGACCCACGACCUAUAAAUCCCCCAAAUCCUCAUAUUCGCCAGAGAGGAAGCCAAGAGCCACACCUAAGAAGUGUCGGUUUACAGAGGACAAGAAUGCACAGAAGAAACCCGGACGAAAAGCCUGUCGUGCACAGUCUGAGAACAGCCUGCUGGGUCAGCGCGGAGUCUCAGAGCGCAGGUAUAAUACAGUGGAGCGAGACGCAGUGCGGAGCGUCCCGAAAGCCAGACGUAGUUCGGGCAGACGUUGGCGAUCCACGCAGGAGCUCAGUCAGGAUGAAGCAGAGAUACCCAGUGAACAGCCAAUCAGACGCUCCCGAAGAGCUCGACCCGUCUGCGGAUACACCCAUCCCACACCGCAUCACCCCCAGCCUCAGCUCCGCGACUACACUGCGGUCCCGGGAGAGUCUGAGUCUAGCCUGAGCGAGGCCGAGUCCCCCGGCUCCAGCUCUCUGUCCAGCGACUCUGAUGGCAGUGGGGGAUUGGUGUGGCCUCAGCAGCUCCAUCCGCAGCCGGCUCCUACAUCUCCGUCACACCCACCCGGACAUGGACAAGACUUGCAGCCCAAAGCCUUCGUGAAGAUCAAGGCCUCGCAUGCGCUCAAGAAAAAGAUCCUGAGGUUCAGAAGCGGAUCCCUCAAAGUUAUGACCACCGUGUGAGAGAUGCAGUCACACACAGACUCAAAACAGCCAUCUUCUUGCUGUAAGGCGACAGAGCUAACCACUGAGUCAGCUAGCUGCCCUGGUUUACAUGACCCUACCAUGCUCUGAUUGGUCAGGUCACUCUACUUAGACCUACCAUGCUCUUAUGUUGGUCUCAAACUCAAUUCCUGGAGGGCCACAGCUCUUCAGAGUUCAGCUCCAACCACCUCCAUCUCACACCUGCUUAAUAGUCUCUAGUAGUCCUGCACUUUGAUUGGUUGGAUCAGCUGUGUUUGAUUAGGGUUGGAGCAAAACUGCGCAGAGCUUCCUCCAGGAGUCGAGUUUGAGACCUAUGAUCUAAUUGUUCAGGUGACCCUACUCAGCUCUGAUUGGUUAUGUGCACCUACUCUGCUCCUUCUCAAGUUGUGAUUGGUCAGAUGACCCUACCUUGCUGACCCUACCAUCCUCUAAUUGGACAGGUGACUCUAAUGUGUUCUGAUUAGUCAGGUGACCCUACUCAACUCUGAUUUGUCUUAUGCACCUUCUCUGCUCCUUCUCAAGUUGUGAUUGGUGACCCUACCUUGCUGACCCUACCAGGUGGCUUUGGUCAGGUGGCUUUAAUGUGCUCUGAUUGGUCAUGUGACUCUAUUCAGCUCUGAAUGGUCAAAUGCACAUACUCUGCUCCUACUCAAGUUAUGAUUGGUCAGAUAAGCCUACUCUUCUCUGAUUGGUCAAAUGACCCUACCAUGCUCUGAUCGGAUGGGUGACUCUAUUCCGACCUACCAUCCUCUAAAUCAGGGGUCAUGAAACUUGUUCCUGGAGGGCCGGUGUCCUGCGGAUUUUAGCUCCAACCCUAAUCAAACACACCUAAACAAGCUAAUCAAGGUCUUACUAGGUAUACUUGAAACACCA